UCAUAAGUAUAACGAAAAGGUAUAUGACAAAAACUUGGGCAGCUCAGUGGCCGAUUUCAUCAAUUAGUAGUAUAUCUAAGAAAAAUAUUAACUUUAUUUGGUCUAGGUAUCUGAUAUACAGUCCUAUAUAUAUUACAUAGUUCAAACAACAUUAUAUUAGAUGCAUUCGGACCGAUGCAAGUCUUGUUUUAUCUAACCUUUGUACCACGUACCACACAUGUUGAUAUUAGAAUAAGUUGCUUAUUUACAUCAAAAUAUCCCAAAGAUUAGCCGAUUUUUUCGGAAAAACACUAAACUUUAGCAGUUGAGAUCUUUGUAUUUUGUACUACUAUGGACAAAAAAUGGUAAGGCUUUGCUCAUAAUUUUAAAAUUGUUAAUUUAUUCUUCAAAAUUUAUGUCUUACUCCUUGACUCCAAUACAUUUGUACUAACGGUUUUUCCAAUCCUCGAAACAGUUGUUGAAGUCAAUCUCCGGAAAAGCUUCAAAAGAUGGGACCGUUUGGAGUAAGGCAGCACCUCAAAGUAGUCGUGUUCGCUCCCAUAAUGUACUGCGUUCAUCCGGUGGAUCGACAAUUACAUCAUGUUCGCCUGUUGAAGUUUUGGAUGCGUUUUUUACACCAAACAUAUCAUACAUCAUUGUAAGCGAAACCUACAAUUACGGUACGGAAAAAACCAAUGAAUGGAACUUUAAAAAUCCCAACAAAUUGAAAGAAUGGCAAAACUUUACAGAAACGGACCUCAGAGGUUUUCUAGGUAUUCUUAUAGCAGCAGGAGUCAGCAAUAACAAUAGUCAGGCUGCGUCAGUUUUAUGGAAAACAAAUCAAUUGCCAAUUUUCAGAGCAACGAUGUCCUACCGUCGGUUUUUGACCAUAUCCCGUUAUAUACGAUUUGAUGACGGUCGCACUAGACCUUUCCGCUUAGAAACAGAUAAAGCGGCAUCUAUGCGAGAUAUUUGGAACUUUCUAAAUACAAAUCUCCAGAAGAAUUUUCGUCCAUAUAGCGAUAUAACUGUUGACGAACAACUUUUUCCGUAUCGAGGAAGAACGAAAUUUACUCAGUACAUACCUUCAAAACCGGCUAAGUACGGUACAAAAGUAUGGUGGGCUUGUGACGCAAAAACUCAUUAUCCUUUGAGUGGUAAUAUCUAUACCGGAAAAAAACCCAACGAAGGGAGAGCAAAGAACCAAGAGGAAAAUGAGCUUAUACGUUUGGUUUCAAAAUAUUCAAAUUCUGGGCGCACAAUAGUAGCUGACAACUUUUUUUCCACUUUAAAUUUAUGUAAGCGGCUAAUAAGCUUGGGGCUGUCCUUCGUUGGAACCAUUCGAAGCAAUAAAGCAUGUAUACCACCUGAAAUGAAGCAAAACAAGAUUAGGGCAGUUCUUUCAUCUGAGUUUGGAUUUCAUCAAGACAACGUAGCCAUUUGUUCAUAUGUUCCUAAGAAAAACAAAGCGGUAAUAUUACUGUCCAGGGUACAUUACGAUAAGGAGGUUGAAGGCGUCAAGCGAAAACCAGCAGCAAUAAUGCAUUACAACAAAACUAAAGUUGGUAUUGAUGCCAUGGACCAAAUGCUAACGCAUUACACUACCAAAAGAAAAACUAAGAGAUGGACUCUUGCAUUUUUUUAUAAUAUUGUUGAUGUAAUGGCAUUAGGCAGUUUUAUUAUAUGCAAAGAAAAUAACAAUUACACUAAAUCAGACGCUCGUAGAAAGUUUUUAUAUGAUUUGUCCGAAAUGUUAGCUCAUCCGCAAAUCGAGUCGAGACGUAACAAUAUACAUGUAAUAAAGCAUUCCGUUUGCCGUUCCGCAAUUGAAGAUAUUUUGGGAAAAUUUGAGAAACAACCAAAUACGCUAACAGACACCAAAAGUGAGACUUUAGAAAAGAAAAGGAACUGCAGCUUAUGUCAUUCUCAAGACAAACAUCGUCGUAAAACAAGGUUCUUUUGCCAAGAGUGCGCAGAUGCUGUAUGUCAACAACAUUCAAAAUGUUAUUACAAAUGCUUUAAGUGCAUAAAGGAAAAUUAA